AUCCAUUCAUUCUUACAACUUCUUGGUUGGUGUUCAGACGCAAAAUUCUAUGCCGGAGCGACAGAUGCUAGUUAUUCGAUCAAUCGGUCUUGGUUGGGGCCACCGUCCGCUCGCUGCAGCUUAAACAACACAUUGAUCACAACAGGCAGGCUAAUCACAGGCGGUGACCCGUCAAUAUAUGGCAACAGAGACAUACCGUAUCGACUAAUUAGGGAUGAGUACAUUGAAAAGCUCUCGUGGAUUGCCAGGCAAUACGUGGUAAUGUGGGAUGCAGGAGCCAAACGGGGGUGGUUGGUGAAUGGAGCCUGCGCUCUAUUGCACCUUCUUUUUGCUUGCCUAUAUUUCAACAAAACUGAUCCACUCGGCUUUGCAUUCCAGUUAGAUCUUACCGACAUUAAAGUUCCAGAGAACACAUUCAGCCCAAGCUCUGCAAUGGAGGUCUUGUUGAACUCUGAUAACCUUAGUCUGAAACUGUACCACGCAAAACAGAGCGAACCAAGUGAGGCAACUCUACCUCCAGUACGGAUUCAAGAUAGAGUCGAUCGUUUGUAUAACAUGCUCGAGAAGAUCAUGGAUCAUCAAGCAAAGAUCAUGAGGGCAGACGGCGGAGCGUUACUCAAUAUGUCUCGGGGAAACCUGGAAGGAUGGGAUUUUAAGGAUUUAGCGACCCAGGAAGACCCGUUGUAUCCUCGGCUUUGUAAGUUGGGGAUCAGAGGGAAAAGCUGGGUUGACUUUACCAGAGAUAUUCGUGCGGCAGUGCUAUUUGGGACGGGGUUUGGUGAGAUUCUUCGCCCGGUUGAUAACCACCAACUAUGCCCAUUUUGGAGCAAAUUGCCAGAAGGUGAAUCUUACCUUGCAGUCAGUGGGUAUGAUCUUACAAAUAUCAUCGAUCGGUUCGGAAAUCCACAUAGUAGACCGGUCCAACUGACCCACAAAUUGAUCUGGUGCAACUGCCUAGAUAAUGGCCCCCCAGCUUGCAAGUGCAUUGGACUCCCGGAACAGACAGAGCAUUCCGAACUGGCACAAGUAAUUCUGCCUUCACACUUCAGAAAGAGGAUACCUGAGCCGAAUUCCAUACACCCAAGCGGUUGGAGCCAUGGCGCGAUACUAUUUGGUUACAACAGAGACUUGCGUUGGACCUGGAACGACACUGGCUACCUUGAACAGAAAGACGUCUUGUCAUGCUCAGAUGAGUCGGGGUCCGAUUCAGACGGCGACUUCCAAGACUCAGGACUUGGAACAAGCUUGACCCCUGCCACUGCCGAUGGUUCCAGGAGACUGUCAUUGUCAAGGUCCCCGUCUGAAGGUGUUACUCACGAGGACUACGAGGUAGGUAUUGUGUGUGCGCUGUCCAAAGAACUUCUUGCCGUCCGCGCAUUGUUCGAUUCAACCCACCCUGACCUCGAAAAAGACCGAAAUGAACCUAAUUGCUACUGUCUCGGACGGAUGAAAGGAUUCAAUGUGGUUGCUGCUGGUCUCCCACACGAUGAUUAUGGCACGAAUUCCGCCACGAAUGUUGCUUCUCAUUUGAUCCGAACUUUCCCGCGAGUGAAGUUCUGCCUGGUCGUUGGAAUCGGAGGGGGAGUACCUUCCGCAAAUCGGGACAUACGGCUUGGUGAUGUCGUCGUCGGUACCGGGGUGCUACAAGGUGAUAUGGGGAAAUGGAUCCAGGACUCCGAGUUUAAGAUGACGGCGCAGAAACAACAACCACCGCCCUAUUUACGAGCAGUCAUCACGAAAAUCCAGUCUAAUGGCUUCAUCUCCUUUGAGUCCGCUUUGAACCCGCUCCUUGACGAUCUUGAUCUGAUUGCCUCAAUGCAACCGAAAUACUUAUACCCAGGCGCAGACAAAGACAUGCUAUUCGACGCAGGUGACGUGCACGUUGAGACGGGACCAAAUUGUGACAAGUGCAUCGGCAGCCGACGUCCAAGGACUCGACAGCAUGACGGCCCAAGCGUUUUCUACGGUCUUAUCGCAUCUGGUAAUCAGCUCGUUCGAGAUGCAAGAUACCGAGACCGCCUGGGCCAGGAAAAUGUGAUCUGUGUCGAGAUGGAGGCGGCAGGAGUCAUGAGAACCACCACCGACUGCCUUGUCAUUCGUGGCAUAUGUGAUUAUGCCGACUCGCAUAAGAACGAUCAGUGGCAGGAGUAUGCCGCUGCCACGGCGGCUGCUUACGCCAAAUUCUUCCUGUCUCAUAUGCGCGCAAGCGCUCAUGAGUUCGCCGUCCGAGUUCCAUCACGGUUGGAAGCUCGGACGGGAUCGGUACACUUGCAGAAGGAGAAGCGGGCUGCAUCGUAUGCUGUAUAUGACCAGCAUGUGGAGCUCAAGAGAUCUCGACGAUACUGAUUUCUAUUCAGCGCUGAUUGAGGUUAAUCUAGACGAGCUCCGGAUGUCGCCAUGAUUCAAGGAACAAUCAAAGGUGCCAAGGCCAGAAUACUACGGUUCUACGUGUUUUGAAUUGCAGCAAGACGAACAAUUGACUCG